AUACGACACCGACGAUUCAACAUUUUCGAACAAAUGCAGCAAAAAAAUUGCCAGUAAUCGAACGAACUUACAAUAGAACAGUGAUCGUGUUGCGUUUUGAAUUCGAGAUUGUUGUGUUCGAGCUUUUCAAAAAUGGACUAUGCCCAGGUAUCAAAAGUGAGAAAAAAACGUCAAUUUGUAAUUCAGUUCGUCGAAAGGCAUACAAAAAUGGCAUCAACAUCAAUACUGUCGAGCUAUAGCUUUAAUUCUAAAAAGGAACAGAAAAGAGAAUUGCCCACGGACUCCAACUUCAAAUCAAGACUCGGUAGAAUAUUUGAUGCAUCCAAUCACAAUCAUAUCAUCAGGAACAGUUUCCAUUUAGUAACCCUGCUGAAAAAUUAUCAUCAUGCAAGCUAAUCCGGUUCAACAGCAGCAGCAAGAGAGAGUCGAUAACAUAGCCAAAGUAAAAAUGCUCACAUCUCAACUGAGAGAUAUUUUAUCUAGUACCCUGAGAACAGCUGCUCAAACGAUUCAUGCCAACAACUUGAUUGAUUCGGGAUCUUUGAAAGCGAACGAUGCUCAGAUACCUCGUCUUGAUAAAUCUAUCGAAGAAUUCUUCGCUGUUUGCGAUCAAAUUGAAGACAACUUGAAAACAGCUAUGGAAUGCUAUCAACAAAGUGCAAGUAGUCAACGUUAUUUGCCCCUGCCGGUGGCUCCUAAUAGAUUCGAACCACAUCCUCAGGAAAACAACGCAUUGGCGUAUCCGCAAUAUUUAACUGCAGUACGAUCUCAGAUUUCUUAUUUGAAAGAAGUUCAUGAUUUGCUUUUGAAUGCUUCUCAAAAUAUUGGUCCUAAUGAAUAGGGUGAAAUAUUGAAGAUAAUUAUUAAUCGGUCGUGUAUAUUCGGCGUAUUUCUGUGAUAUUUUUUUUGUAUUGUAGGGUGUUUCUUUGUAUUUUUUUUUUGUACAUACUUAUAAUUAUACGAGUAUCAAAUGUA